GAUAUAAUUUAUUGAUUCAGAGACUUUUAAAACCAUCAUGAUUUCCUUCCAUGUCUUAGCGUCAUCCUCCAGGCUGGUGUGUUACUAUAACAGCUUGGCUGAAGACAGAGCAGCCUACGGGAAGGUCACAAUUUCAGAUAUCGAUCCAAACCAGUGUACCCAUCUGAUCUACGCCUUUUCUGACAUCAACAACAAUGAGCUGGUCAACAGCACUGCAAGUAGCAUAGACUAUCAGUCCUUUAAUAGACUCAAAACCAGAAAUCCACUACUCAAAACCCUGUUGGCAGUGGGUGGCUUGACCUUCAACACACAAAAAUUCAGUACAAUGGUGGCAGAACAACAAAACAGAACAACAUUCAUCCAGUCUGCGAUCACACUACUGAGAGGAAAUGGGUUCGAUGGGCUAAACCUUGACUGGAGGUACCCCGGAGGAGCUGGAAGCCAACCACAGGACAAGCAGGGAUUCACACUGCUGUGCACAGAACUCAAAGAGGCCUUUGUGGCUGAGGGAACAGCAUCUAACCGUGACAGAUUAAUCAUCACUGCUAGUGUCUCUGCGGAGAGAGCAACCAUCGAUGCCAGUUAUGAAGUUGCACAGAUUGCCACGCAGCUGGAUUUCAUCAAUGUGCUGACAUUUGACUUUCAUGGCCCCUGGGAAAAUGUCACAGGACAUCACAGCCCCUUAUACCAGGGAUCCAAAGACACUGGAAAUGAAUCCUACUUUAACACUGACUUUGCCAUGCGCUACUGGCGGGACCAGGGAGCACCUACACAAAAGCUAAACUUGGGGUUAGCGGCAUACGGGCGAGCUUUUGACCUCUCCACUAAUUCCAGUGACGUUGGAGCACCAGCCAAUGGUCCUGGUGAAGAAGGCUGCUACACUGGCGAAGAAGGAUUCUGGUCCACUUAUGAGACUUGUCUUUAUAUUGAAGAGGUUCCAACCCAUCUGAUUCCUGAUCAGAAAGUUCCAUAUGCCACCACAGAAAAUCAGUGGGUUGGAUUUGACAACAAAGACAGCCUUGAUACUAAGGUCAGUUACCUAAAAACUAACAACUUUGGAGGAGCUUUUGUCUGGUCUCUGGACUUGGAUGACACUAGUGGGCAAUUCUGUAAAAUUGGCAACAAUCCCUUCAUCAGCCACCUGCAUACUCUCCUGGUUCCAGGUUUCCCUGGCCCUACUACCACAACUCCCCCUAUCACAACCACAACUCCUCCUACCACAACUACAACUUCCCCUACCACACCUACCACACCUCCCCCUACCACAACUACCACAACUCCCCCUACCACAACUCCACCUACUACAGCUACAACUCCCCCUACCACAACUCUCCCUACCACAACUACAACUCCACCUACUACAACUACAACUCCCCCUACCACAACUACAACUCCACCUACUACAACAACUCUUCCUACCACAACUACAACUCCCCCUACCACCAUAAUGAAUCCCCCUAACCAUAAUGAAUACCCCUACCACAAUUACAACUCCACCUACUACAACUACAACUCCCCUUACCACACCAGCCGUAACUCCUACCACAACUCCCCCUACCACAACUACAACUCCACCUACUAUAACUACACCUACAACUCCCCUUACCACACCAACCAUAACUCCUACCACAACUACCACAACUCCCCCUACCACAACUACAACUCCACCAACUACAACUCUCCCUACCACAACUCCCCCUACCACAACUACAACUUCACCUACUACAACUCCCCCUACCACAACCACAACUCCCCCUACUACAACUACACCUACAACUCCCCUUACCACACCAACCAUAACUCCUACCACAACUACCACAACUCCCCCAACCACAACUCCACCAACUACAACUCCAACCAUAAUGAAUACCCCUACCACAAUUACAACUCCACCUACUACAACUACAACUCCCCUUACCACACCAGCCGUUUUGUAGACUGCGUUUUAGUGAACUCUGAUGGUAUCCCCGUUUUCCGAACCCAACCCAGUUUUUGUUUUCCUGAACCCAACAAUCCCAUUCUUUCCAAGCCGACCCAGAGCCGGUCGCGGCGCCUGGCAAGGGGCUGCCAGCAACGGGGAGAGGCAGGGGAUCCUCCCACACCGUGCAGCAGACGCUAA